AUGAAUGGCUCUCCUCUUGAACGUGUCACUACCGUUAAAGAUUUAGGGUUCCAUCUUUCUCAAUCUUUGUCCUUUGAGCAGCAUUUAAAUAUCACAGUUGGUAAAGCCUUGAAAGUUCUAGGUUUCUUAAAGCGUAAUACUAGUCUUUUUACGUCCCAUGCCUGUCUACGCUCUCUUUAUUUCACUCUUGUCCGGUCUAUUCUGGAAUAUGGAAUAGUUGUUUGGCACCCAUAUCUGGCCAAAGACCAAAUACGCUUGGAAAGAGUGCAAAACCGAUUCCUAUCCUACGCCGCUUUUUUAUUUAAUGCUGAACACCCACCUCAUGAUUAUUCGUCCGUUAGAUCAUUCCUAAACAUUCCUACCCUAUCUUCUCGCCGAUUAGAUGCCGAUAUUUCAUUUAUCACCUCACUUCUUAGUGGUUCAGUCGAAGCUUCUGACCUUUUAUCUUCCAUUUCUUUCCGAGUACCUGUACAUUACAAUAGAUAUCACUCUCUUUACCUUGUUCCCUCUCACAGUACUAAUUACUCCAAUAAUCAUCCUUUGCAUAGAAUGCUCCGUGUACUUAAUAACUCAUAG